CCUCCAUCCUUUCCACCCUGUCAUCUACCCCCCUUUCUGAUAGCUUUCUUUCCCCCAUCCCCCUCCCACCUCUCCUCCCCCGUCCAAUACCUUACCAGCCCCUCCCAUGCCACAGUAUCCCCACUCUUCAUCAACACCGCCACAUCAACAUUGAGGGGACUCUCAGGUCUAGGAUCCGUCAACAGUUGCUGGAUAGCCGACAUGGUCGUCGAUAGCGUGUAAGCGGGACUCCAAUGCUCGGUGGUUAGAAGGGUUAGGCAGAUCUCGCCUGUCGUGAAGGAGACGUUUGGGUGGCAGAUACGGGUUCUGAAGGCUAUAACUGGUGGGUGGAGCGGGUAGGUCGGCGGGAUGGUGAUGGUUAGGUGCCAGAGGCCGCCUGGGGGGUUUUUUUGGGGGAGGUUUUGUUAACUUUUUUCCCCCCCUUCUUUAUAUUGCAAAACUUGCGCGAUUGGUAGGAGGUAAGAGGAUGGAGGGAAAUAAAUAAUACCUUCGUAUGGUGUGCCAUUUAUGCCCUUUAGGACUGCUUCCCAGCGCAGCAGGUCUGUGUCGCUUAUGGGGCCGAGAUGUAGGAGAGCUUCGUUGGGGGAUUUGGAGUAGUCGUUGAGCUCGCGGAUGAGGCGUUUUGUGGUGGACGCGGAAGGGGCUUGUUGAGCCAUGGCGCUGAGCUAUUCUACUGAUUGCGGGAGGCGUGAGUUGCAGACAACAGAGGGUGUGUUGGGAGUUAUUUCAUGAUUAUGGUGGUGCAGAGGUUGAGCUGUUGAUCUGGUGGAACGAAGCUCGGUUUGCGCCGAGGUUAUUUACCUGGGGUUUGAUUAUCACCACGUGAUGCACUUCCUCUUGACUCAAUGCGCGAAUGUUCAGGAGUUCUCGAAGCUUGUUUAUGACUUGACUGCAAUAGCUACGAAUAUCCCGCAUAUACCCUUUAGCCCCCAAAAUGAGAACAUCGCGGGUAUCCAAGGAGACUGCAAAGUUAGUUGAGAUCUUAUCAAGCGCUCCACGCCGUCAAUCGCAGCGAAUUGCCAACGCAAAUAUCCCGGUAAAUAGCUAUGGCCUGGCGGAGAGGAGAAAAAGCGAGCUGGCAUCCCUUCAUAAUAGCUCUCUAAUAAAAGACGAGCCUCAGAGCGAUAGUCAUGAUGACUCUGAACUCUCCUCUGCGAACACUACGGACAUUGAAGACCUGCUUACACCAACGCGUCCGAUAAUGCAAGAGCGGAAACGAAAGCGAGGCCAGGAUUCUUUAUCCAAUAUCGAAUUCAAGCGAUCAGCUUCUGCAUCCCGCCAAAUACCUUCACGUAGGAUGUCCAGCACAUCACAAACGUCUACGAUCAUUAAAAAGGAGGAGAUAGAGUCAGAGGCAAAGCCAACCCCAAAGCGACAACCGCGACGGCUACCGGCGCGUAAAUCAACCGGCCCGAAUGGCGUUGUCAAAGUCGAGCCUCCAUCAAACUGGGAAAAGAUCUAUGAUAUUGUGAAGGAAAUGCGCCGCAAAAACCCCACUGCGCCAGUAGAUACCAUGGGCUGCUCCCAGCUCUACUGGCGCGAUUCUUCCCCGCGUGACAGGCGUUUCCACAUCCUCAUAGCCCUGAUGCUGUCAUCUCAGACGAAAGAUACAGUCACUGCCAUUGCGAUGCAACGGUUACAUACAGAGCUGGCGCCUGAACAGGCUAAUAUGGAUACGGGUUUAGGAAUGCGGGUCGUGAAGAAGGAGGAGGACGUGGGACACUCAGUAAAAGGGGAAGAAAUAGGCUCGACGAAGAAGAAGGAGGAGGAGGAGGAGGGGGAGGGGGAGGGGGUAGCAGCUGUGAAGAAGAGAGAGGAAGCGAGGCAGAUGAUAAAGAAAGAGGAGAAUGAGGGACAGACUUUCAAAAGAGAAGCGCAGGGAGAUGUGAAGGUGGAAACAAAGGUAGAAGAGGAACAGGAACGAGAAACGAAGAAAGUAUUAGUAUGGGACCGAAACAACCAACACACAAAAAGCACCUUAACUCUUGAGAACAUCCUUGCCGUAAGCCCAUCCCGCCUCAACGAACUCAUCAGGACUGUUGGCUUCCACAAUAACAAAACAAAAUACAUUAAAGCUGCCGCCGUCAUCCUUCGGGACGAGUAUAACUCUGACAUUCCACCCACCGCGGAGGGACUCAUGCGGCUACCAGGUGUCGGGCCUAAAAUGGCUUAUCUAUGUAUGAGUUCCGCGUGGGGCCGUGAUGAGGGCAUCGGCGUCGACGUACAUGUGCAUCGUAUCACGAAUUUGUGGGGGUGGCAUAAAACAAAGACGCCCGAGGAGACCCGGGCGGCGCUGGAGAGCUGGCUGCCCAAGGACAAGUGGCAUGAGGUCAACAAGCUGUUGGUUGGGCUGGGGCAGACGGUGUGUUUACCAGUGGCUAGGAGAUGUGGGGAGUGCGAACUUGCGGGGACCGGGUUGUGUAAGAGUGAGAUUAAAGGGUGGACAGCUAAGGUGAAGAGGGAGAGGAAGGUGAAGACUGAAGAGGAUGCCGCCACUACGGUGAAGAGGGAGAGCAGGAUGACAAUCAAAAUUGAAGAGGGUAGAUGAUUGGAGAGGUCUGAUUUUAAAGAAUAUUUAGAUACCCUUGUCGUAUGUCAUCUUUCGCCGCUAAAUAGCCGGUCUGAUAUGCUAAGAGAACAUGAAAUAUGCGCAAUUCCAUUAUAGCUAGACGUCGUCUGUGCCGGCAAGCUAGCUUUGCACACAGCUCCCCAUGGAUCGGUGGACGCCUUGUUUUGCUGCGUUCUCUGUACGGAGAUCGGGAUAAUUAACGAUAUAUUUGUAUGUACGAUAGCCGGUGGUAAUUUGAAGAAUAACUACUUAUUAGACUCAAUUCAUGUAUAAUUACUGAGCCCCCCUUUUUUAUUUG